AGAGGCCUAACAUUCCAAAAAACAAGAAAGAUCCAGUAGUCCGUAGAGGGAAGAGAAUAAGAGAGCGCGAGCGAGAGAGAAUGGGAUUUGCGGGGGAAGAGAGAGAAGAAGGUGUAAUGGCUACAGAUUUCUUUUGGUCAUACACAGAUGAGCCUCAUGCCUCGCGUAGACGGCAGAUCCUCUCUCAGUACCCUCAAAUCAAAGAGCUCUUUGGCCCCGACCCCUAUGCUUGUCUCAAGAUAUCUGUGGUUGUUAUCCUUCAGCUUUGGACUGCUACCUAUCUCUACAAUGCAAGCUGGCUGAAAAUUCUAGCUGUGUCCUACUUUUUCGGUUCAUUUCUCAACCACAAUCUCUUCUUGGCCAUCCAUGAGCUCAGCCAUAAUCUCGCUUUCUCAACCCCAGUAUACAAUCGCUGGCUUGGGAUUUUCGCUAACCUUCCUGUUGGGGUACCCAUGUCCGUCACCUUCCAAAAGUAUCAUCUCGAGCACCAUAGAUUCCAAGGUUAUGAUGGAAUCGACAUGGAUCUCCCCAGCCUUACUGAAGCCCACCUUGUCACAAAUGCCAUUGCCAAGAGCGUAUGGGUUAUCUUGCAACUCUUCUUUUAUGCUUUCAGGCCUCUUUUUCUCAAACCAAAACCGCCUGGUGUAUGGGAGUUCACCAAUUUUACUGUCCAGCUUGCCCUCGAUGCUGCUUUGGUGUACUUCUUCGGUUGGAAAUCUUUUGCUUAUUUGAUCUUGUCGACAUUUGUUGGUGGCGGCAUGCACCCAAUGGCUGGUCACUUCAUCUCAGAGCACUAUGUCUUCAAUCCCGAACAGGAGACAUACUCGUACUAUGGUCCUCUGAAUCUAAUGACAUGGAGUGUAGGCUAUCACAACGAGCACCAUGAUUUCCCCAGGAUCCCCGGGAGCAAGCUUUACAAGGUGAAAGAGAUUGCACCGGAAUAUUAUGAUACUCUAGAUUCGUAUGCAUCCUGGAGCCAAGUCAUCUAUAUGUAUGUAAUGGAUUGUACGGUUGGGCCUUUUAGCAGAAUGAAGAGAAAGUUGGCAGAUAUGAGGGAGAAGAAAUCUGAAUAGUUGCUCUUUUGGUCAACUAAUCCCCCCUCUACUUUAGGCUUCAAAUGGGAUUCUUCUCCCAUUCUUGGACUCCUUGUUCUGUGACAUUGUUAAGCAAUCAGCGUCCCUUUGUUUAGGCUUUAGAUUGACAAAUGAAUGCUUGAUUCCAUUGUUUCAUUGUUUAUACGAUUUUGUAAUAUGUAAUUGUUUGGACACACGAAACUGAAAUCUCAUUACAUAUUCAUUUUCUG